CUCACAGUCCAGGACCCCGACUUCUGGGGCAGCCUCCAUGGCCAGGUCCCGGGCUUGCUGGACUGGGACAUGGGCAAUGAGUGCUUCCUGGCCUUCACCACGGACCACCUGCUGCCCCCGGAGCAGAACCUUGCCAAAUACAGACUCCAAAUAAUUGACCCACCAAACCUACCUUUGGAAAAAAACCUCAGCACUGAUAAAGAUGGUCCAGACGUGGAGCCCAACCUGUGGAUGUGGGUGAACCCUAACAUCGUGUAUCCACCCGGCAAGCUGGAGGUCUCGGGACCUAAGAAGGAGGAGGACCUGCCAAGCAUGCCACCAUCCUGUCAGCUACCUCUGAAGGAAGAAGCCAGGUGUUCGGAAGCUUUGGAUAUGCAGUUGCUGCUUCCUUCCUGGAGCGAGGAGUUGCUUCCACAGAAGCAGAAGUGGAAGCAGCAAGUUACCUCUUCCCCUAGCACCUGGGAGGAGCUUACAGAAGAGGAGGAGGCCAAGGACCAGGAUGACAACUCCUCUGUGGCUCUCCCAUCCCCUCCCACAAGGGCCCCCCUCCAGAGUCGGAGGCUUCAGCAAACCAUCAGCCUAGAGGGGAGGCUCUGGUCCCGGCCCCCUCUCAAUUACUUCCACCUAAUUGCCCUGGCACUAAGAAACAGUCCCCCCUGUGGCCUCAACGUGCAGCAGAUCUACAGCUUCACUCGACAGCACUUCCCCUUUUUCCGGACUGCCCCAGAAGGCUGGAAGAAUACAGUCCGUCACAAUCUCUGUUUCCGAGACAGCUUUGAGAAAGUGCCGGUCAGUAUGCAGGGUGAGGCCAGUACAAGGCCUCGAUCCUGCCUCUGGAAGUUGACUGAGGAGGGACACCGCCGCUUUGCGGAGGAGGCCCGUGCCUUGGCUUCCACUCGGCUGGAAAGUAUCCAAGAGUGCAUGAGCCAGCCAGAUGUGAUGCCCUUCCUCUUUGACCUUUGA